AUGAUGGAGCUGCUGACUGGAGAGGUUCCUGUAAGGUGUCAGGAUGUGGCGGUGUAUUUCUCCCUGGAGGAGUGGGAGUAUAUAGAAGGACAGGAGGAUCUGUACGAGGAGGCCAUGAUGGAGGAGCCCCGGCCUCUGACAUCUCCAGGAAAUCACAGUAAGAAGAAUGAGGGAACCUUCAUGUUAUCACUAGAUUAUAAAGAUGAUGAAGAUAUCGGACAGUGCUCUGCAGGAGAAAACCUCAUUACCUAUAAUGUACAACCAGGAACUCAUAGUGCAGAUCCAUCAUAUUAUCCCCCAAAUCAUGAGGAACUUUCUCCUGACCAAUCACAGAUUGCUAUCACAAGGCCAGACUUAUAUAAUCCCCUAAAUCAUGAGGAUCCUCCACCAGACCAAUCACAGAAUGUCAUAAGUGCUGGGCAGAAAGGAGAUGAAAGGUUUCAGUCUGGAGAAUGUGGAAAACUGUUUCUGAAAAGUUCAAGUCUCUUUGCUCACAGAAGAAUUCACACAGGAGAGAAACCAUAUUCAUGUUCAUUAUGUGGGAAAUGUUUUACAAGGAAAUCAAAUCUUAUUAUGCAUGAGAGAAUUCACACAGGAGAGAAGCCAUAUUCAUGUUCAGAGUGUGGAAAAUAUUUUGGUUUGAAAUCAAAUCUUAUAAUACACCAGAGAAUUCACACAGGAGAGAAGCCAUAUUCAUGUUCAGAAUGUGGGAAAUGUUUCAAAGAUAAAUCGAAUCUUAUUACACAUGAGAAACAUCACACAGGAGGAAAGCCGUACUCAUGUUCAGAAUGUGGAAAAUGUUUUACUGUUAAAUCACAUCUUAUAAGACAUGCGCAAAUUCACACAGGAGAGAAACAAUUUUCUUGUUCAGAAUGUGGAAAAUCAUUUAUAUAUCAUUCACAUCUUGUUAGACAUCUGAGAAGUCACACUGGAGUAAAGCCAUAUUCAUGUUCAGAGUGUGGGAAAUGCUUUACAGAUAAUUCAAACCUUGUUACACAUGAAAGAAUUCACACAGGAGAGAAGCCAUAUUCCUGUUCAGAAUGUGGGAAAUGUUUUACAAAUAAAUCAUAUCUUGAAACACAUCAGAGAAGUCACACAGGGGAAAAACCAUUUUCUUGUCCAGAAUGUGGAAAAUGCUUUACAAAUAAAUCAGCUCUUAUUAUGCAUAAGAGAACUCAUACAGGAGAAAAGCCAUAUUCAUGUCCAGAAUGUGAGAAAUGUUUUUUAAAGAAAUCACAUCUUGUUUUACAUGAGAGAACUCACACAGGAGAGAAACCAUACUCAUGCUCCCUAUGUGGGAAAUGCUUUACAGACAAAUCAACACUUGUCCGGCAUGAGAGAAUUCACACAGGAGUGAAACCAUAUUCAUGUUCAGUAUGUGAGAAAUGUUUUACAAGUAAAUCAAAUCUUGUUACACAUGAAAGAAUUCACCCAGGAGAGAAGCCAUUAUGAUGUACUGUAUGAAUAAA